CAGCCUUCUCCAAAUUUCCCCAACACCAGACCGCGCAUUUGUUUUUUAUUUUUUCAAAACUCUUUCACUGCUCCACCGCACCUCUCCACUGCUCCACCGCUUCUCCAUUUCUCCAAAGCGCCCUCAAACACAAACCCCUCUGCGCGCCUUCUUCCCGCACACACACAGAGCCGCACCACACGCACCUCAUCUCCACGUUUUCGCACCUAGCGGUCCAGAAACCCCAAACCCCCUCCCAGCCAGACCCUCUCCCUCUCCCGCUCCCGCUCCGUCUCACACCAGCGGAACCAUUUUUCUUUUUUGAAAACGACUGUCCUGCACCGCUACACCGCUCGAUUUCCCUUCCCCGCACAACACAGACACGAAACCGGCAUCCGACAACCAUCGUCCCGCACAGCCACACACCUCUGGUGGACGUGAUCCCGCAACCGCUGCCGUCCAUAACCCUUGUCGCAGCACACACAGUUCUGCUCCACCACUUGGAAUCCCUUACCGCUCCACAAAUACCCUCCCGCACCCGAACCCCGUUCCGGCGUCAUUGUCGAAACCCCAAAACCCCUUUGUUGGAGAAACCCUAACCCUAGAAACCGCAGCUAUGUUCUUCGUUGGUCAAUCCCGAAAUCCCUGUCCACAAUCCCAAAUCCCCAAUUUCAUAACCUAACCUAAAUUUUGCCCCAAUUUCAACGGUCACCAGCGCUGCUCCCAACGGUGAGGCUCACCUGCCAUUUUCGUAUGAGAAUUUAUUCCCUCAGUGACGCAAACCCCAAAACCCCUCCAUGCGAGAAACCCUAACCCGAAUCCCUCUCCACACUCCGAAUUCCCUAAUUUGAUAAGCUAACCUCAACCUCCCCUCUAUCUUUCCCUCACUUUCAAUUAGUACACGAACUUCAGCCCAUGGGCAACCACUGAAGCCGCAGUCGACCACUGAACCUCAUCCGUCGACCCUACUCUCUAUCCACCACACUGAACCACGAAUUUUCGAGCCUUCCUCUGUGUUUGACGGGCUGAGCACUAUCCAGCAGUCUCUGGCGGGUUGAGCACGAUCCAGGACCAAGAUCUUAUUUGGGAAUCAUGACUGAUGGCAGUGAAGACGAUGGUUGUACAACUGAGACGAAGAUAUAUUUUAGACAUUCAUGUCGGACGCAUUUUCUUGGUUCUUUGAAUAAGAUCUUAGCAAAAGAACAAAUUAUUUGUCUAGAGCAAACACCCUUUGCUUGGAUGCCGAAGUUGAAAGAGUCUCUGAAGAUAAGUAGAAAUCUUCUAAAUGAGUUGGUUAAUGUGUGGGUUGAGAGGAGAGGAGGUUUUCUCCUUAAUAAAGAAAUUGUUAGAUUUUCUUUAUUAGAUGUAUGCUUAGGUUUAGGGUUACGGGUUGUUGGAACUAAAAUUGAUUUGGCUGAGGGUUUUGUUCAAAGUCAGUGUAGGAAACAGUUUGAUGAUGAAAACGUUGAUGUCAAAAUGGUUUAUGAAUUCUUAAUGCAACAUCUUGGAGAUUUAAGUGUAGUUGAUUUUUGUAGAUUGUAUGUUUUGAUAGGAAUAUGUGAGUUUCUAUUGUCUAGUCGCAGGGGUAGAAUUUUUCCGAUAUUGUUCAACAUUGUGGAUGACUUUGGAAGUCUAGGAAAAUAUAAUUGGGGUAGUGUUGUGUAUGAGUACUUGGUUGAGAGUUUAUGUACUGCUUCAUUGUUGUUGAGCGACGAAGGAAAUGCGAAAUACUUUCAUGUGGAUGGUUGUGUUUAUUUGUUACAGUAUGGGCUUUUGAGCAUUUGUUGAUUUGGAAGAGAAAGGGAGGAACUCCCAGUCAAUUUCCACGAAUAUUGCAUUGGAUGGAUGUUAAAGUUGGGGAUUCCAUAGUUAGUCGUAGUUUGAAGAAGAAAGCGGUUUUGCAUGACGUUGCCGUGUCAGAAGAAGAGCUUAAACACGUAGUUGUCCAAGAAGGUUUUCAUGAAUAUGGGUGUGGAUUUGGCAAGGUUGAAAGGAGAAAUGAAGGAGGGUGUUUUUUAGAAGAGAAGGAAGAGCUUAUGCGUGAAAUUUUAGAACAAGAAGCUGUUAUUGAGGAACUUAAGCAAUCAAUUGAUAUUCUAAAAACAAAGAUGAAGGAGAGGAGGAAACAACCGCCUAAGAAAUAUGAUCCAUGUUAUGACACCAAUGGUUGUGCUUCUUCGACACAUGAUCAUAGUUUUGAUUUGGGAGGCAAAUCUGUUGAGGAAGAUGAUGAAGUUCAUAAAAGCAAUGGCAUGUGUGUCAAAAUGGAGGAAAGCAAUAUGUAUGCGCGAAUGAAGCAUCAACCCCGCACACGUUACAAAAGUCGUUCUAUUCGAACUCCGUUUGCGAGUUAUGGGAUAAGGAGGUUGAAGAAAUAGUUUGGAAUUAUUAUUAUGUCUCCAAUAUUUUGAAUUACAACUUUUUUAUGACCUUAUAUAUGAAGAAUGUUGUUUACAAAAUUAGAUUUUUUGUUGUUGGUAAUGAUAGGGUCGUACUGAAUGACAAAUUCAUUUAUUUG